AUGUCAUCGUCAUCUACGUCGUCGGACAGGCCCGACCUGCCUGAAGAUACUCUCGUCAUGGAGCGGACCAAUCUGAUUGGUGAUUGCCUUUCCCAAAUCCUCUUCGGUAGUGCUAUAGUAGUGGUAUUCAUACAGACGAUCCAUGCCCUCGUUUAUCUCCCCAAACGCCGUGGAGAGAAGAGGGAUUGGUUCCUCAUAGCAUAUGCAUUCGUGGCGUUCACCUUCGCCACGACUUUCAUCUCUGUGAACAUGAAAUGGUUGCAACUUAUGUUUAUUGAUCAUCGUAACCACGAGGGUGGUCCGAUUGGAUUCUCGAUGACCCAGUACUCUCAGCCUGCUGUGGCCACCGCCAAUGUGGUGGGUGUUAUGUGUGGUUGGAUGGCAGACGGAUAUCUCUUGUAUCGUUGUUUGGUCAUUUUCCACUUCAAGUUAUAUGUGAUUACGCUUCCAAUCCUAAUUUACCUUGGAACGCUUGCUAUGGGAUCGUUGUUCCUCUUCCAAGCCUUGCGACCCGGGGCGAGUCUUUUCGGCCACCUCAGCGUGAACUUUGGCGUGCCAUACUUCUCCAUGACGGCAGGACUCAAUGUCUUGAUCUCGGUACUCAUCGCAGGCCGGCUGCUAAUGUAUCGCCGACAACUGAAUCGUCUCUUCGGGCAUGAGUACGUUUCGGCAGCACCUUAUGUCUCUGCAGCUGCCUUGAUCAUCGAAAGCUCAUUCAUAUAUGCCGUCAAUUCUAUAUGUUUUGUUGUGCCCUACGGCCUAGGAAGCCAUGUAGCGAGCAUAUUCUUGCCUCUGCAGGCUUUAGCGCCGGUGUUAGCUCCCAUGCUCAUCAUGCUCCGUGUAGCACUUCGGCGAGCUUGGGAUUCCAAGACGCUGUCAGCACCCGUAUCCAGCCUGCAGUUCCAACACAGGUCUGUUCCGACCUUUCAGGAACAAGAAAAGUCCCAUUGGCACGGUGAAGUUGAUGGAAUUCGUCUUCCAACAACGAACUCGAGUGGGAGUGAUAGUGGCGGGAGCGCGCAAAGUAGUCCCAAGCCAUGA